CCGACAGUCCUUGAAGGUAUCGUCCGCUCUUGGCUCCACCAUCACGGUGUCUUUUUCCCCCGCCACACUGAGGUGCACUUUGAGGCAGCUAUUGGACUCAUUUACGUCCAUAUUUCGGCUUGACAUCACGGUAUUUUUGACGCAAUGAAGACAAUCAGGUCGGUGGCGGUGUUCUUGGUGCUUUUGGUGUCUCUGCUGUGCGUAGCUGAAUCUGCCAGGAGUCGAACCAACAACCAGAACAGCUUCCGACGGGCAGCUAACGGUGUCUACCAGACUCUGAGCAGCGUGUUCGGCGAGGACAACAUUAGAGCCUUACAUAAGUUUUUCUCCAAGACAACAGAGCGGUUUGUCCAUGGUGUGGACUCUUUUCUUGACACCAUCUGGAAGAUCUGGACAGAUCUGUUGGAUGUAAUGGGCAUUGACUCAUCAAACAUCAGCCACUACUUCUACCUGACAUCUCUCACUAACUCCCCGGCUCGUAUCCUGCUCCUCAUCGCCAUGAUACUUGUGGCCUACUGGGUCCUCUCCAUGUUCCUGGAGGGUUUCUUUUAUCUUCUGCAUGGCGUCUUUGGACGCUUCUUCUGGCUGGUGCGCGUCAUUCUUUUCGCCUUGUCUUGCCUCUACAUCCUACAGAAGUUUGAGAGUGACCCUGAGCGCACAGUGCUGCCACUGUGCUUCAUCACGGCGCUGUACUUCAUGACAGGGCCUGUGGGAGUAUACUGGCGUCGGGGAGGUGGAGCAGGUUCACUGGAAGAAAAAAUCGACCACCUUGACACUCAGAUCAGACUGCUCAACAUCAGGCUGAGCCGUGUCAUAGACAGCCUGGAAUGCACCAGCGAGCAGUAGCUGACAGAACCAGUGAGGUAGAAGGAGAGUUGGAGAGCAGUGGUAUGUUGAAUUGGCUGCAAAGCUGAUUCCUUCUCACAUUUGCAACAGUACAAUUAUUGCAUAUUCACAACUGUUUUCAGGUGAGGACAAGGCUACAUAUGAAAACAGUAUUUAACUGUUUAAGUUCCACUUCAUUUUGAGUUAGGUGAAAUCCUCAGAACACUUGACCUGAAGAUUAUGUGAUCAAGCGUUUUUAUUUUUUAUUUAUUAAUCUUAACUUUAAAGUUUUUGAGAUAUCUUUGCUACUUCUGUGAAGAGGUGAUAGUUCAAGUGGUUUUCUAGGUACAGUCCUAAUUUGGUGCCACGGCUUCUUUUUGGAUAAACUCCGGUAUGUAUUGGGGGUUUGAAUUUUUGAUGUUUUAAAGCAUUUUCAAUACUUUUGUCACAUGAACAAGCAUAUCUUGGGUAUGUAUCCUUGUGAAUAUUCAUUCCUUAUCUAUUCCAUCCACAAAAACAUUUUCCCUUUUUGAAAUGUUGAAAUAGGUUAGCUGUAUUAUAUGGUGGACAAAUAGAAACACAUUUCUUAUAUAUCAAAGUCGCAAGAUGUUAGACAAUUGUUCAUUUAAAAACUUAUUUAUUCCAUUUUCAGUCCAAACAGGUAUAGUAUUGUAGAAGUCUAGAGUGUUGUUAAGUCACCAAUCUAUCUUAGCAAUAGUUGACAUCAGGACCUCUUUUUCCUGUGUGAAUGGGUGUAUGAUGCAUCAGGAUCGUGUGUGUUUUUAAAUUUAUGAAAUGGAACGCAGUGAGUAUUGUAAAGCACCAUUAAACUGGGAGAAAAUCCAGAAAGGCAGCAAUAUCUCAGGGACUUGUUUUACAACUGUAUCAGACUGCAAGGUUAUCAAGUACACUGCAGUCAAAAGAUGUAUUCAAGUUGUUGCUAAUAUUGACAUGAAAUUUGAUUAUAAAACAGGCAACCUGAGUAAACACAAAAUAAAGUUCAUUAAAUCAUUUUUAUUACUUAAUGAAUUCAUGUGAAAAUGUAAUUGCCAGUUGCCUUCACUCUGUCCUUGAACUGGCUGUGACAGUUUUAGCAGCAACGACCAGGGGUUAAAGUGGGAUUUGGCAGGUGGAGGAACCCUAAAUUCCAGUGUGGCCAUAAAAUGACACCUUAAAUAACUUCCAUAUUGUUUUGUACUGCAAGCACCGAUGGACUCCAAUGGACAUGCCAUGUGAUCAGCUGACUUACAGUAGACAAAGACGAGUCUGCAGAAAGUUGUUGCCAACAACGACAAACACUUCAGAUAUCUGGAGAUCAGUGUUUCCUGCCACUGAAGGAUUUAUCUGAACCACAUUGUUGGGUUUUUGUGUAUGAAUCGCAUUACGCAGCCAUGUGCAAGACAGUGGUUCAGUGUUUAGCACUCUUGCCUCACAGCAAGAAGGUCUGGGGUUCAAUUCCACCCAUGCCCAGUUCCUUUCUGUGUGGAGUUUGCAUGUUCUCCCCAUCUCAUCUCAAAAAAAAAAAAAAAAAAAAGGGCGGCACGGGCCAAGCCUGCUGCAGGCUUCACCCACUUUACCUCAGUUUGGAAGACGGACUGUUUAGUGCACAUAAGUGCACUAGUGCACAUAAACAAUGUCAAAUGUAUAUGUGUUGUCUUUAAUUCUGAUGUGCCAUUUUUACGGUAAACAAUAAUUGUGGAUUAAUUGCUGUAUCUUGACUGAGGUAAUUGGAGUGUAAACGUAAUUUUGUUGUUGUUGCACUUGUGUAAUGACAAUAAAUCUCAUCUCAUGUCUGUAUGGGUUUCCUCGGAGAACUCUGGUUUCCACCCAUCAUUUAAAAACGUGCACAUUAGGGUCUGCUCCUUGCAAUGUACCU